GUGGAGAAGGCAUAUGACUCAACGCGAUUAUCCAAGGAGAUUGAUCUUCCACACGUACAUUGGGACCCUACCCGAAAACUGCCAUUUCUUUGUCCCUACUCUCUCGUCGUGGUUGACAUCUGCAAUUUAUAAAUGAGCUUCUAUUUUUCAGUAGAAUCGUCUUCCUCCUGUAGCUUGUGGUGGUAGCAAAUCCUUCUCAAAUCUCACAAAUCACUGUUUCUAAACGUCAUUGAAGCAAACAGACGACAAAAGAGAGAUUUUGGAGCCGGUAAACACGGGGCUUUGUGUCUAAACAAAGAGAUAAUUACUGGGUUGGCUUUAGUUUUGGUUGGAUUGGAUUCGGAUUGUUUUAGCUUUUGUUGACUGGUGAGCUUUGUGUUAAGGGAUUGGAUUUGAUGAUUGAUUAUAUUCCAAAUUCUACGUUGACUUGUAAGGAUGCUGCAGGAAUCGCCGGGAACAUUUUUGCUUUUGGUCUGUUUGUGUCACCCAUACCCACAUUCAGGAGAAUUAUCAGAAACCGGUCAACGGAGCAAUUCUCAGGGUUACCGUAUAUAUAUGCCCUCUUGAACUGUUUGAUCUGCUUGUGGUAUGGCACACCCCUCAUAUCCAAUGAUAAUGUAAUGGUUGCAACAGUCAAUUCAAUUGGUGCAGUUUUCCAAUUGGCGUACAUAAUCCUCUUCAUAGUAUAUGCUGAGAAAGCCAUAAAGGUUAGGGUGUUUGGAUUGCUGUUGGCAGUUUUUGGCCUAUUUGCCAUAAUAGUUACAGGGAGCUUGCAAAUUACUGAUGGAAACAUACGGUGGAUCACUGUUGGGUUAUUGAGUUGUAUUUCUCUCAUAUCAAUGUUUGCUUCCCCAUUGUUUAUAAUUAAUUUGGUGAUCCGAACAAAGAGUGUUGAGUUUAUGCCAUUCUAUCUCUCGCUCUCCACUUUCUUGAUGAGCACUUCAUUCUUGCUGUAUGGAAUCUUGAAUUUUGAUGCCUUUGUAUAUGUCCCAAAUGGCAUAGGAAGUAUUUUGGGAAUUACUCAACUGGCAUUAUACUUUUACUACAAAAAGAAAUCUACAGAGGACUCCAGAGAACCCUUGAUAGAGCCAUAUGCAUAAGUAGUGAGGGUGGCAAAAGGAGGUAAUGCAAAAGGGUUGUUGUAAUAAUUUUCUUCAGGUCUGGAAUUACUGUGCCAUAUGCAAGUUGGAAAUUUCAUAUGCUGAUGGAAUGUAGUGGCAUGCUUCAAAUCUUAAUCUAAAGGAUUGAUUACUUGGCUUCAUUCAAAGCACUUUGUCACCUUUCACUGCAUAGUGAAUGAUUUUAAAUUGAUUCUUCCGUCUGAAAUUCAGUGUAUUUUAUAAGCUUGAAACUGUUUGUAAUUUUAUUUGUCAGUGCUGUUGUUGUUGCAUAUGGGUUGUUAAGAAAAUAGGAAAUGGGGACAAUGUAAAGAGUCUUGGCUAAUUAGAGAUGUUUUAUAUGAUGUUGUGGAUUGUAUGAACUGAAUCUUUUCUGGUCUGUGGAUUUGCCAUUUUGGUUUCUUGGUUUGA